GGCUCAGCCAACUCCAACUGACACAGAAAACUCACCACACACAGGAGUUUCCGCUGGUAGUUCAUCAGUUAUGCCAAAUUUAGAAUAGCUAUGCUCCUCCCAAGUCAGUGGCAGGAGACUCUGUGGGCAUCAGAGGUCCUGCCUCUGACUUUGGGGGUGCAUCCUGGGAUCCUGCAAACUGUUUCUGCAUUCCCUAGAGCUCUGUCCCCCUGUUCUGCCUUUAGCCACAAGAUGAAUGGUCUGGAGGCAGCCCUACCGAGCCUGACUGACAACUCCUCCCUGGCUUACUCUGAAGAAUGCGGACAAGAGACGCCCCUGGAGAACAUGCUCUUCGCCUGCUUCUACCUUCUGGACUUCAUCCUAGCUUUCGUGGGCAAUGCCCUGGCUCUGUGGCUUUUCAUAUGGGACCACAAGUCAGGCACUCCGGCCAAUGUGUUCCUGAUGCACCUGGCUGUGGCUGACUUGUCCUGUGUGCUGGUCCUGCCUACCCGGCUGGUUUAUCACUUCUCUGGGAACCACUGGCCAUUUGGGGAAAUCCCAUGCCGACUCACAGGCUUCCUCUUCUACCUGAAUAUGUACGCCAGCAUCUACUUCCUCACCUGCAUCAGCGCCGACCGGUUCCUGGCCAUCGUGCACCCAGUGAAGUCCCUCAAGCUUCGAAGACCUCUCUAUGCCCACCUGGCCUGUGCCUUCCUGUGGAUCGUGGUGGCUGUGGCUAUGGCCCCACUGCUAGUCAGCCCACAGACUGUGCAGACCAACCAUACAGUUGUCUGCCUGCAACUGUACAGGGAGAAGGCCUCCCAUCAUGCCCUGGCAUCCCUGGCUGUGGCUUUUACCUUUCCCUUCAUCACCACAGUCACCUGCUACCUGCUGAUCAUCCGAAGCCUACGCCAAGGUCCCCGUAUUGAGAAGCACCUCAAGAAUAAAGCCGUCCGCAUGAUCGCCAUGGUUCUGGCCAUCUUCCUGAUUUGUUUUGUGCCCUACCACAUCCACCGUUCAGUCUACGUGCUUCACUACCGUGGUGGUGGGACUUCAUGCGCUGCUCAGCGUGCCCUGGCCCUGGGGAACCGGAUCACCUCCUGCCUCACCAGCCUCAAUGGGGCCCUGGAUCCUGUCAUGUACUUCUUUGUGGCUGAGAAGUUCCGCCAUGCCUUGUGUAACUUGCUCUGCAGCAAGCGGCUCACUGGUCCACCUCCCAGCUUUGAAGGGAAAACCAACGAGAGCUCCCUGAGUGGCCGAUCCGAGCUGUGAGCCUCGGGGAGGUCCUGUCACCAGGCCAGCUGUAGGC